CGGGCCCUCUCAACCGGCGCUGCCCCUGGUGAUCGGUCCUGGACCGGAUGAAGACCCCACCAGGCUUCCAAUACCCGCAGAAACGGGCAACCUAUGCCAAGGGUCAACACCGGGACCCACCUUUUACUACACGACCGACACCCACAGCACAAGUUGAGGCCCAAGCAUUCCAGUCGUGGCUCCAUUUUCGUCAUUCUUCAUGACUUAAGUUGUCCGCUUCUCUUCGCGCGAUAGCAGCAUCUUCUCACUAUUCAUACUUGGUGACUAUCUGCGUCUCCUCCAAGCAGAAGCAAAAACUAUCUCGGAAGACUGUAGCAACCACACAGGCGACAAGCUCUCGACAAUCCUCGAUCCGCCAUGAGGCUUCUCGCGUCGCUUGCGUCGGCGCUCUUGGUCGCCGCAACGGCCGCAACGGCUCAGGUCAUCACCGUUCCAAUCUAUAUCCAGCCCGUCAGCUCCUCCUCUGUGCCAUCUUUCCUCGCCGAAGUCAGUUACGACACCGCACAAGACCCAAGCAGCGCGGUAGCACCGGUGGUGUCUGCCUACGAAGCGCCUGAGAUCCUCGACGACUUGCGAGGCCACGAGCUCCUACGUAUCGGCGUGUACGACAAGGCGGAAAACAAGUGGGUGUCGUCUACGUCGGUCAUAUCGGCAGAAAACUUCGGCAAGGGGUACGCGCCACAUAUCGUGCUAUCAGUGGACGAGAGCAAUACCGAGGGUAGCUAUGACAACCAGCACGUCUUGGGCGUCGCGUUCAAGGGCAUCAGGAUCGAUGCCGGACAGACAAGGGACUUUGGGCCGCAAGCGGUGGUGGUCCGCACAGCGCAGGGCAAGCAGCCGGAGUUGAACAAGCCGGUCGUGCUGUCGCCAGAGGGCAAACAGGUGGUGCCGCAGGAGAAGACACUUUUACAAAAGUACUGGUGGGUUAUUGCCAUUGUUAUGGUCCUCUCCCUGGGAGGCGGAGGCGAUGGGAAGUAAUAGACUGGCCACAUUGUUUUCCUUCCCUGGUCAAGCAUUGUACAGAGCUUUGCUAUGCAUUUCAUCUCUUGGGUGAGGAUGUUCGUUUCGCGCGUUUUGGUUGUAUUGAUUGCCAUUUUUCUCGCAGUGCUCCUCGCCGUCCUGUCGUGUUUGAAACCCUUACCUUACCUACUUAGGUACUCUUCUCAUAACCGGGCCGUUUGUACUGUAGAGGUAGUACAGGGAGACUUCCGAUUCAGUCGCGUUCCUCAUCACCGAGCUUCCAGCUGGUGACUCCUCUGUCCCUUGCGUCAGUGUCUGGCAGGUUGGACGGGGACGCUGCGUGCCGAAGCAAGGAGCCCUGCUAGCUGCCUGCUGCACGGCCCCUAGAGGUACCCUUGCAUCGUGGUCAACAGCUGUCUGCUAGUGGCGAUACUUAUCAAUACAGUUUAGCGCGGCUAGCACACUGCCCCACUGCCAGAUGGCAAGUGGAUCCAAAAGCUAGCUGCCCGCCUCAUAAUUGGAAAGUGGGUACUUGGAAGCUGUUCGCUGCU